AUGGCCAACGCUUUGAGGACGUCAGUUCGACGCUUUGCGACCACUGCCGUUCGUGCAGCGACUGCAGAGUCGGUCAAUGCAUAUGGGAUUCGUGUCUCCAAAGCUCAAGGAGUGGUCGACACCCUUACGGGAGCCAUCGGCAACACCCCUCUGAUAAGACUCCAUAAGCUCUCCGCCGAAACCGGUUGUAACGUCCUGGGCAAGGCCGAAUUCCAAAACCCCGGUGGUAGCGUCAAGGACCGUGCGGCUCUAUAUGUUGUCAAAGAUGCAGAAGAACGGGGUCUGCUGAAGCCUGGAGGCACAGUUGUGGAAGGGACCGCAGGCAAUACCGGCAUUGGCCUGGCGCACGUCUGCCGAGCGAGGGGAUAUAAACUGGUCAUCUAUAUGCCAAACACCCAAUCACAAGGCAAGAUCGAUCUCCUGCGACUUCUAGGCGCCGAGGUAUAUCCUGUUCCGGCUGUCGCGUGGGAGAAUCCAGAAAAUUAUAACUGGCAGGCCAAAAGACAUGCAGAGAGACUGCAGAAGGAAGAUCCCGAACACGGUGCUGUAUGGACAAAUCAGUUCGAUAACACCGCCAAUCGCCUAGCCCAUAUUGUAACGACAGGCCCAGAAAUCUGGGCCCAGACCGACGGCAAAAUUGACGCCUUCACUUGCUCGACUGGAACUGGUGGAACGCUUGCAGGCGUGACUCGAUUCCUCAAAGACGUCAGCAAUAAUUCCGUCAAGUGCUUCCUGGCAGAUCCUCCUGGAUCGGUCCUCUAUUCCUACAUCACCUCCGGCGGCCAGCUCAAAGAGAGAACGGGUAGCAGUAUUACCGAGGGCAUCGGUCAAGGUCGCGUCACGGACAACCUGAAGCAAGAAGUCAAUGAGCUCGACGGCGCACUGAAUAUCUCCGACGAGAAGACUAUUGCCAUGGUGUACCGCUGCUUGGACGAAGAAGGGUUAUAUCUUGGAGCCAGCAGCGCACUAAAUGUGGUUGCCGCGAAAGAGGUCGCGGAGAAGUUGGGUCCCAACCAUACAGUUGUUACCGUCCUGUGCGACGGAGCCUACAGAUAUGCGGAUCGGCUCUUCAGCGACACAUGGCUCAAGAGCAAGAACCUGAGAGAAGCGAUACCCGAACAUUUACAGAAAUACAUUGUGCUGCCGUAG